GAGGCGGGUGGAGAGCUGCUCACUGUUCUCUGGGUAACCAGGACUGAAGGCUGCGCUGCGUGAUGUGUGUGUUCAGGUGUGUGUGUGUGUUGCUGUGUGUGUCUGUGUGUGUGUGUCUGCGGCUGUUUGAUGAAGCCGUGAGGUUCAGCGGACUGACGGGAAGCCUGUUUGGAUUCUCCGUCGACUUCCACACCGUCGGCAACGCGUCCUUCCUUGUCAUUGGUGCUCCGAAGUGCAACACCAGCCAAUCAGGAGUGGUGGAAGGAGGGGGCGUGUUCAUCUGCCCACUGUCACCUGGAGGCGGAGCCUGUGACAUCAUCGACUUUGAUCCGAAAGGCGAUGAGGUUUCCAGGAGCUCGGGUCUGGUUUUCCACAGCGUGAAGAGUCAUCAGUGGUUCGGCGCGUCGGUUCGCUCGGUCGGCGGUUCCCGCCUCCUGGCGUGCGCGCCGCUCUUCCACUGGAACGUCCAGAGGGGGGCAGCCGAGUCGGGCAGAACCCCGGUGGGGAACUGCCUCCUCCUGGACCUCGGCACCAAAAGCUCCACCCUCUUCUCCCCCUGCCGAGCAGACCUGAUGGAGGAGGACUACAAGCGGAUCAGCUAUGCAAACGACCGGCGCUACUGCGAGGUGGGCUUCAGCACUGACGUCACGCAGGACGGGCGCCUGGUGUUCGGAGCUCCCGGAAGCUUCUUCUUUCAGGGUCAGGUGAUCACGGUGGAGGUCAGUGACAUCAUCAGCAGUGGGCGGAGCCACGUACCCAUCCCUCAAGUGUCAGGCAUCAGCCAGUCGUACGAGAGAGGCGGUUAUGACGUUUAUCACGGCUACUCUGUGGCCACUGGUCUGCUGACCGGAGACUCAGUCCCAGAUUAUCUGGUGGGGGUUCCAAAUGACCGAAACACUGCAGGAACCGUGAAGAUCUACGACGGCCGGAGCCAAGUGUCUCUCUGGGUUCAUCACACCUUCCGGGGUUCUCAGGUGGCGUCUUAUUUUGGACACAGUGUUGCUGUUACAGAUGUCAACGGUGACGGCCUGGAGGAUGUGCUGAUUGGAGCCCCGCUCUUCAUGGACCGAGUGAUGGAGCAGCUUCAGGAGAGAGGACAGGUGGUUUUGUACCUGCAGAGACGACACACCUCCUUCUCCUCUCAACCAGACCAAUCACUGAUCGGCCCUUCCCUGUAUGGACGCUUUGGCUCCGCCCUUGCUGCACUGGGCGACCUGGAUAUGGACGGUUACCAAGAUAUUGCUAUUGGAGCCCCCUGGGCUGGAGAAAGUGGGCGUGGCCAAGUGCUGAUCUAUCUCGGUAACGUCAAAGGCCUGUCAGCCACGCCCUCCCAGGUGAUUGACAGCCCCUCCCCCAGUGCCCGCACUGCGUUCGGCUUCACCCUGAGGUCAGGGUCCGACAUCGACGGCAACGGGUACCCGGACCUGAUCGUUGGAGCGUGGGCGGCGGAUCAGGUCUUUGUCUACAGGUCUCAGGUGGUGAUUCGCUCCACAGUUUCAGUCUUGGUGAUGCCGGACUUCUUGAAUCCAGACAUCAAACUGUGUCACCAUGGAAACACAGCGGUGUCAUGCUUCACCGUUCAGAUGUGCGUCGGUGCGUCCGGUCACAGGAUCCCUCAGGAGACAGCUCUGAAGGUGGAGCUACAGCUGGACAAAAUGAAGCAGCCAAUGGCGAGGCGGACCCUGCUGCUGUCGACCAAUCAGCCGCAGGAGGUGAUCAAAGUCAUGGUUUUGAGAGAUGUGGGUGUGGCCUGUGUGAAUCGCACCGCCUACCUGAAGCCUGAGGAGCAAGUUCAAGACAAGUUGAGUCCAAUUUUCAUCACAGUUAACAUGAGCCUCCUCAACACUACCCAGCAUGCAUUGCUGGAUGGACAGACACAAGCUGCUGUCCAGACCCGAAUGGUCCUGGACUGUGGGGAUGACAACAUCUGUGUUCCUGAUCUGAAGCUGAAUGCUGAGCUUGUGACAGACAGUGUGCUGGUUGGAGGCGAUCAGUCGGUGGUGUUGUCGGUGUCGGCUCUGAAUGACGGAGAGGGGGCGUAUGAGACGGAGCUGGUCGUCAGAGUCCCGGCUCACACACACUUCCAGAGCUGCCAGGGGGCGAGCCGGGUGGUGUGUGUUCAGAGGAAGGAGCAGCAGGCCGUCCUGGUGGCCUGUGACCUCGGGAACCCGAUGAAACGAGGCCACACACUCCAGACGACUCUGCUGUUCAGCGUGGCUCGUCUGGAGGAGGUGGAGGACCACAUCACCUUCAGCCUCCAGGUCACGAGUAAGAACCCGGUGAACGGCAGCAGUAACCAGGUGAACCUGCGGGUCCGGGUGGAAGCCGAGGCUCAGCUGGAGAUCAGAGGAGGCUCGUCCCCUCCAGACGUCGUCCUGCCUCUUCCUGACUGGCAGCCUGCAGUGCAUCCUGGGAGUUUAGGCGAGGUGGGUCCACUGGUGGAGCACGUCUACGAGCUGCGGAACCAGGGCCCCGGCUCGGUGAACGCCCGGCUCACCGUGGACUUCCCGUCCUCCUGGAGACGCCGCCUCCUGCUCUACAUGUUCUCCAACGCCUCAGAGGAGUCUCUGAGCUGCAGGACCCUGAACGCAUCACAGAUUGACCCCUUCAAGCUCGUUGGAGAUGUCUCCAAUGUUCCUGCAGUGUCUCGGUUGGUCCAGCAGGAGGAGACAAACACCCAAAGGCAAACUGUCCAUGUGAACUGCAGCAGCACCGAGGCAGGGUGUGUGCGGUUCGUGUGUGAUGUCAUGGCGUUGGGGCGUGGCUCCAGUGCAGUAAUCAGAGUAUCAGCUCGGCUUUGGACACACACGCUGAAUCAGGAUCCGAACCUGAACUUCCAGCUGGUCUCCUCCGCCUCCUACUCCGUCAUCAACACCACCUCCAAGGUCCAACCACUGCUGCUGGACAGAGGACAGGCCCAGACUCAGCUCAGUGUGGCGUGGCGUCCUGAUGGAGAGAAAGACGUUCCCAUUGGCUACAUGGUCCUGUCGGUCGUCUGCGGACUCCUCCUCCUCUGCCUGCUCUGCUGCAUCUUCUGGAAGCUGGGUUUCUUCAAGAGAAUUCGUCCCCCCUCUGGUGAUGAUGCUGAUGAUGAUGAUGAUGGUGACGAAGAGCAGCCUCUGGCCGAAGAGUCACAUGAUCUCAGCUGAGCCUGGAAACGUUUCUCUGUUGUUUGAAACUGAUUCACGUCUGAACUCAGAAAAUAAAGUCAGCAAAACCCCAGCGUCUUCAGCAGUGU